CGUAGCUGUUCAGAAGUUCAGUCAGUUCUGUUCGCUUAAUAUCUAACGCAAGUUAAUUUCGGUCCUUAAAGAUUUAUUAAUUUGCACAAGAACUAGUGAUAAUCAAAUGUCGAAUAAGACUUUAGUCGACAAAUAAUACUUGUGUGAAGUAUAAAAAAUUAAAGUUCAAAUGAAAAUCCUUUAAAAAGUCUGUAAGUUUUGCAAAAAUUCCUGCAGAAUAAAGUUCUUGAUUGAAGAGUGAAACCAAAAAAAAAAAAACGAAAAAGCGAGAAACAAGAAAGAUAAAAAAUUGAACAAUGGGAAAAUUACUCAGUCUUCUCGCCCGCGAUAAUAAUACAAGUGAUUGUUGUGGUCCAAAAUCAAGCUAUGAUAUUUUUCUUGAUUUCGAGAAUGCACAGCCAUCUGCCGAUGAGCUGGAAGUGUAUCAAGAAGUUAAUGAAGUUUUAAUAAAGUCAGAUAAGAUACUUGAAGAGAUACAAGUUUAUAAGGGCGCCGGUAAAGAGAUACGAGAAGCGAUAUCAGAUCCAUCUUCGGAAGUGUUAGAACGAGCAUGGAAUGUUGUUUUACCUUUAGUUGAGAAAUUGAAAGCGUGCUAUGAGCACUCAUUGGAACUCGAACGAAUCGUACCAAAACUUCUCAGUCAACUUGUAGGUGGACGUCUUAAUCCCACACAACAUUUGGAAACGCAACAAGCUUUAGUGAAACAAUUAGCAGAGAUUUUGGAGUUCGUGUUGAAGUUCGACGAAUACAAAAUGAAAACUCCCGCAAUUCAAAAUGAUUUCAGUUAUUAUCGUCGAACAGUGAGCCGUCAGCGAUUUGAUUAUAACAACCAGAUGCUCAUCAGCACUGAACUGGCGAAUCGAAUGUCACUUUUUUACGCCCAUGCAACGCCCAUGUUGAAAGUUCUCAGUGAAGCCACGUCAAAGUUUGUGCAAGAUAAUGCAAAUGAUGUCGAUAACACAACCGAGACAAUCGGGACAAUGGCGAAAGUUUGUCUAAGGAUGUUAGAGAAAGAAAAACUUUUAUCACAAAUUGAAAGAGAAGAAACGCAUCUACUCGUUCUUCGUGUUAUGGUUGGUCUUGUGAUUCUCUACGAUCAUGUCCAUCCUGACGGAGCUUUUGUUCGUUCUUCACAUGUCGAUGUGAAAGGAUGCGUGAAGCUUCUUCAAGCACAACCUGCAAUCAAAGCUGAGCCGCUGCUCAAUGCUUUACGCUAUACGACGAAGCAUCUUAACGAGGAAGCGACACCGAAAAACAUAAGAAAUUUACUCGCUGCAUAAUAUUUGCCGCAAUCAAAGCCGCUCAAGUCAAACGCUUGCUUUAUCUUGAAAGUUUUAAUCGUAGGAUUUUUGGUGAUCUUAAUUGUAGCGAUACGUUACGGAAGCGGCGCUUUAUGGUCGAAUUAGUUCAAACAUUGAAAUGGGACGAAAUUCAGUUGAUUUCUUUUAUUUUUCCUGAGAUUAAAAUCACUUUUUAAUUGUUGAUGAAUAAUUUUUCUCUUUUGUUUUGGAGUGAUUGAGAAUAAAAUUAGUUGGUUAGUUAAGAGAUGAAUGGAAAUUGAAUGCUGACUGAAUUUAAUUUACUUUGAUUUAUUCUUAGAGAGACAGAGUAACAGUGAGUGGAGUAAGCGAUCGAUAGUUGAGCAGUUGUUUACUCCACCAACAGAUUCGCUUUUCUUAUUUUUGUAUUCUUUUUAGUAUUAUUUUGUUUGGUGACCAUUAAAUAAAUUAACAAUGAAAAGUAACUCCGAGAGUAUUUUAUCAGAUUUUUCUUUCUUGCAUUUGUUGAAAGCUUAAUAAGAUUUAACAGUAACAAUAAUAACCAAAAAUGUGUUCGUUGAGAUCUUCGUACGUUUUUACUUUUAUUAACAAAAACAUUUGUCAACACGACCAAUCAAUAAAAUUUUCUUUGAAUUCAUAUUUGAUGUCCUUUUGAAAUAAAGAAACUUUGGUAAUGAACAGAAAUAUUAAUUAAAAUAUGUUUCGCAAUGUUUAAUCGCUUUAAAGAAAAAAUUUGUAAUGUUAAUCGCGAGAAAAUUUUGAGCCUAACAAUGGCAUUGUGCCGUCAUUUGUCGCAUUGGGCACAUUGAAGUAUUUUUACUAUUUAAACCGUUCUCUUUGAUGAAAUACAAAAACACAAAAAUUGGAAUUGGGAAAAAUGAAAAAAAGCACAAGAAUUUAGAUAAAAAGUGAGAAAUGAAAUUGUUAUUUUUCUAAAUAAAAAUAUUUGAAGAUUCUUCUCUACGAUAAAUAGAACAACUUUUGAUUAUCUAAUUCUAAGCUCGAAAAAUUUGUUAGAAGGAAAAUUUUCUUUUAUUGGAAUCAAAAGCAUAAUAAUAAUAACAAUAAGAAGAAGAAGAAACUUUAUUCAUUGAUGUUAAAUAUCCUGAAGAUUAGUAAAAAUUUACAAGAACGCAUAAAUGUCCAUAGAGCACAACUACAAAUUCGCUUUUUACUUGUUCGUUUUUUGUUUAUAAGAAACAGAAACCAUCACCAUGUGAUGUAACAAGAAAUAGUUAAAACAGACAAGAUUCAUACAUAAAUAUUUAGAUAAAGAAACAUUAUGAUAACAAUUAUAAGUUUAUGUAAAUAUUCACAUAAAUAUUUUACAGUAUAAUAAAAACUUGACAAUGUCAUUGUCACGUGCAUUAAAUUACUUCCUAGAAUGUCAUGAACAGGCUGAAAAUAAAUAAUUAAAUGAAAUACGAGCGCCUACACUUUUUUCUUAUCUAUCAUUGUUAAAAAAUAAUAAAAAAAGAUUUACAAAACACUUGUACACAUCUUCAUUAAAAUAUCUUAUAAUGUGAUUGAACAUAAAACAAAAUUAAUAAAAACCGGAAACAAAAGCUAUGAAAAGCAAUUUAAUUGCUUUAAAAUUUCACCUUGGAAUUCAUUCUUUAAUAAAACAAGAGAAUUCAACUCUUUUAUGUUCAUUCAUUUGCAUUUUUGCUGAAAGCUCUUCUAUGUAAACUUUAAACAUUACAUAAAUAUUGUAUAAGAAGCUCUGAAAGUGUUAAGGAAAAUGAAAAGUAAUAAACAGAAACAAAAAAUAAU